UAAUCUUAUAAUCGGGACAUUUUCCCUCCUCCUUGAUGAGCCAAUUUGGGUGGGCGUCCUUCUCAGCCUUUGUAGUCCACAACAAUGGCGUCUGAAAUCCCGCGCAAAAGUCUCUCCUCUCGCGACAAGGAAAUUGCAUCAUCUCAUGAUAAUGGUGGUGCUCGGGAGCCUCUUCUUCACGGGAUUCAUGGACCUGAAUACUAUUCUGCCCAUGCUGCAAUCCUUCCAUUUCUUUUCCCUGCAUUUGGAGGGCUACUUUAUGGCUAUGAUAUUGGUGCCACGUCGUGUGCAACAAUUUCUAUCCAGUCGCCAACUUUAAGUGGGACAUCAUGGUAUAACUUGACUUUUGUUGAAAUAGGUCUCAUCACAAGUGGAUCAUUAUAUGGGGCUUUGGCAGGCUCUGUGCUGGCCUUCAAUGUUGCUGACUUCUUAGGUAGAAAGAGGGAAUUGAUUUUGGCGGCAUCUCUUUAUCUUGCUGGAGCACUUAUAACUGCACUAGCUGUUGGUUUUCCUAUCGUCGUGGUUGGACGCUUUGUGUAUGGUAUGGGGAUUGGACUGGCGAUGCAUGCUGCUCCGAUAUAUAUUUCUGAGACAGCUCCAACACAGAUACGAGGGCUAUUAGUUUCUCUCAAAGAGUUCUUUAUAGUUCUUGGAAUGAUAGUAGGCUUUGGGUUUGGUAGUAUUCUUGUUGACAUGGUUUCUGGCUGGCGAUAUAUGUAUGGUGCUAGUACUCCAUUAGCUGUCAUAAUGGGAAUUGGCAUGUGUUGGCUUCCACAUUCUCCUAGAUGGCUACUAUUACGUGCUAUACAAGAAAAGGGAAAUGGCCAACAUUUAAGAGAGGCUGCAAUUCUUUGUUUGCACCGUCUUAGGGGUCCAGCUAUUGGCGACUCAGCUCCUCGGCUAGUAGAUGAGAUUAUGGGUGAGCUUUAUUAUGUAGGUGAAGAGAAAGAAGUCACGAUGGGAGAGAUUUUUCAAGGAAAAUGCUUCAAAGCUGUUGUGAUUGGUGCAGGACUGCUCUUGUUUCAGCAGAUCACUGGACAACCGAGUGUCCUUUAUUAUGCUGCAUCAAUCCUUCAGAGUGCAGGAUUCUCCGCGGCCCAUGAUGCUACCCGAGUCUCUAUUCUCCUUGCCUUGCUAAAGUUAAUUAUGACUGCUGCUGCUGUUGUCAUUGUGGAUAGUCUUGGAAGGAGACCUUUACUGCUUGGAGGAGUUUCGGGGAUGGUUAUAUCCUUGUUCCUUCUGGGUUCAUAUUACUUAUUCCUGAAUGAUGCAUUGAGUAUUGCGAUAGUUGGUCUUCUGCUGUAUGUGGGGUGUUAUCAGAUAUCAUUUGGUCCAAUUGGGUGGCUUAUGAUAUCAGAGGUUUUCCCUUUGCGCCUAAGAGGGAGAGGACUUAGCAUAGCAAUACUUGUCAAUUUUGGAGCCAAUGCUCUCAUCGCCUUUGCCUUUUCUCCAUUAAAGGCAUUGCUGGGAGCUGGAAUGUUGUUUUACAUAUUUGGUGUGAUAGGCCUUUGCUCUCUUGUCUUUAUAUACUUUGUUGUGCCAGAAACCAAAGGCCUUACGCUUGAAGAGAUUGAGGCCAAAUGCCUCUAGUAUCCGUACUUGCGUUUCUGUGCUUUGUCAUUGGGAGUUCCAACGGCAAAAUUGAUAUUCAUUUGUUGUGUUCAUAUGGGACAGGCAAAUUAUUUAGAUCUUUUACGUUCACAAAAGUUUUGUGAAUGCAUAUAAUAUGCUUAAGGGAACAAAAAGAAAUUCAUUUGUAUAAAGUUAGGGUAUAUGAUUCUCAGACAAUUAUAUUCUUUUGUAUCAUAUGCUUUCUCUCUUUGGAUUUAUGAUAUGAUUAAAAAAAUAAAGUGUUGUUAAAUUUC